AUGGCGCUCGACAAUUACUACCGCAAUAAGAUCGAGGAUAUGAAGCUCGAGAUUAUCCAGGGUCAAGCAGUUCUACGGCGGUUAGAAGCACAGCGUAAUGACUACAACUCGCGAGUGCGACUUUUGCGAGAGGAGCUCGGUCUCUUGCAACAACCUGGCUCUUACGUCGGUGAGGUUGUGAAGGUGAUGAGCACCAAGAAAGUCCUGGUGAAGGUACACCCGGAAGGAAAAUACGUGGUGGACAUCGCCGAUGGUGUUGAUAUCACCAAGCUCACCGUGGGCAAGCGUGUGGCGCUUCUCUCGGACUCUUACAAGCUGGAGAAGAUGCUGCCAUCCUCCGUCGACCCCCUCGUUUCGCUCAUGAUGGUGGAGAAGGUUCCGGACAGUACAUACGACAUGAUUGGUGGUUUGGAUCAGCAGAUCAAGGAGAUCAAGGAGGUGAUCGAGCUUGGUCUGAAGCACCCCGAGCUAUUCGAGUCGCUGGGUAUUGCACAGCCCAAGGGUGUUCUGCUGUACGGUCCUCCUGGUACCGGAAAGACGCUGUUGGCUCGAGCCGUGGCUCAUCACACCGAUUGUCGAUUCAUCCGUGUCAGCGGUUCAGAACUGGUACAGAAAUACAUUGGUGAGGGAAGUCGAAUGGUGCGUGAGCUGUUCAUCAUGGCCCGUGAGCACGCGCCGAGUAUCAUCUUCAUGGACGAGAUCGACAGUAUUGGAUCUAGCCGUAUAGACUCAGCAGGAGGCGGUGACUCUGAGGUGCAACGGACCAUGCUCGAGUUGCUGAACCAACUGGACGGUUUCGAGCCGACUAAGAACAUCAAGAUCAUUAUGGCGACCAAUCGAUUGGACAUUCUUGAUCCUGCCUUAUUGCGGCCUGGUCGUAUUGACCGGAAGAUUGAAUUCCCCCCACCAUCCAUCGAGGCUCGUGCCGAUAUUCUACGAAUCCACUCCCGGUCAAUGAAUUUGACUCGUGGCAUCAACCUGACCAAGAUUGCCGAGAAGAUGAACGGAUGUUCAGGAGCAGAACUCAAGGGUGUCUGUACCGAGGCUGGCAUGUAUGCUCUGCGUGAGCGUCGGGUGCACGUUACACAGGAGGACUUCGAUCUGGCCACUGCCAAGAUUCUCAACAAACACGACGACAAGGAAGUUGCAGUGUCGAAGUUGUGGAAGUAG